AUGUCUACCCAGGCUGCACCAACAGGCCCCAGAGUACAGAGAAACAAUCGCCUAAAUGCCCAGUUCCAAGCCUUCAUCAGAGGCGAACGAAAGAUCACGUCACCAACCGACGGUCAGCAAUUUCUUCUGUCUGUCUGCGCUCAGGAGUCGGCCCAAGCAGCUGUUGAGCGCCUCAGGGUACGCCCUUUUGGGCUGGAGGCCGUUGCGCAAGCUGUUCGGUGUGACCUGGGACUUGAUUACGUUCAGUCCUACGUCGCCAAGUUUCUCCUCCAUGUAUCAGUGCAGGAAGUCAAGAGUCUCAACUCGGGUGCCUUUCUUGGCAAGAUCUUGGAGAGGAUUGUGGAUCCUCCGACCUUCGUUAUCCAAUUUCUUGAUUUUUAUAAAACAGGAAAGUUGAAUGACGAGUCGAUCGAAGCACUGGCAUGGCUAAGUCUUGAGCUCCUGUCUUCCACCGCUCUGCCGGUGGAAGAUAUCAAGCAGGAGCUACUAGAAACAGUCAAUAAUGGAUCAUUGAUGAAAUCACAAAAUCAAAAAAUACGGGGUUACGGAUAUCGCCUCGAAAAGCUUGCCCGCCUGCUCACCACCACCGGGUCUCCCAACGUCCCCGGUGGCCCCGGCGGUCGACACGACAAUGACUUCGAAGACUUUCGAAAGAUUGCGGUAUAUCCCACUAGGGAUGAACUUUUGUACCCCGGCAUGCCGUUUUAUCGGCUGGCUGCAGACAUCACCCAGGUUCCGAUGGAAGACAGGGCCAGAGCCCAUCUUGACAACCAAUUCCGGCUCCUGCGCGAGGACAUGCUUGACGAGCUGAGACACGACAUCCAGGUCGCAACUGGAGUGAAGAAGCGGGGCCGAAAAUCGCCGGUUGUCCUCGGAGAACUGCGGCUGGAGGAUAUCCUCUUGCGUACAAAAUUUAAUACUAACGCCCGUGUGUCCCUCAUCGUCUCAUGCAAGACCGGACUCGAGAGUUUGACCAAGUUGCCAGUGAAACAAAGGAAGAAAUUUCUUCAGAAUCAGCCUCGAUUACUCAAGCAUCAGUCGUUUGGCGUCUUCUGCAAGGGGCAGGAGCCGUUUGCCUUCGGUUUCUUGUGGAGGGACGAGGACCGGCUUGCUGAAGCUAAACCGAUAAUCGAGAUUCAAAUGUCGCAUAUCAACGGAUUCCAAAGGGUCCUAGAAGCAUUUUAUUCACAGGAUGCUAUCAACUUCAUCUCUGUUGACACCCCGAUAUUUGCAUAUGAGCCGGUUCUCGAACAGCUCAAGGGCAUCAAAGAGUUGCCAUUGGAGGAAUAUCUUCUGGAUCCGUCCUCGGCCAAUUUUCAGUCGUCUAAGUCCAACAAAGGUAUGGAAAAGGCACUGAGUCUAUUUGAGAAAUACACGGAUGCUGCGGGUAUCACUCUCAUGGGCCAUCCUGUCGACAGAGCGCAGGUACGCUCAUUGAUCGCGGCUCUAAAACAGCCCCUGUGCGUGAUCCAAGGCCCUCCGGGUACGGGAAAGUCGUACGUGGGCGCGCUCUUCGUUAAAUUGGCCCUCUCAUGCGGUAAGAGAGUGCUAGUGUUGGCGUAUACAAACCACGCCCUCGAUCAAUUUCUGGAAGACCUUGUCAAGCUGGGCAUUGCAUCAACGGACAUGGUUCGACUCGGGUCAAAGUCCACUGAAGCAACAGCAGCCAUGUCUCUGGAUAAGCAACAGUUCGGCAGAAGGUCCUACGCACAGCGCGCUGCCAUGGAGGAACUUGAUUCCGAAAUUCACGAGUUGAUGGAAGAUCUGAAUGCCACCUUGAAAGCAGGAGAUGUGUCCUUCGAAAAGCUACUCGAAUACCUACGAGACAUGGAGCCUGACGCACACAAAGCCCUCAUGUUCGAGGUUAAGACCAGUGAUGGAUUUUCCGUCGCUACCGGAAAAGGCAAAGGUCACCGGUCUGACCCCGGCCACUUGGUAAUGAAAUGGCUCAAAGGCCAAAGUCCAGCGCCAUUCUGGGACCGCAUGAAAGGAACGUCGAGAAGGUAUUGGCAGAUGAGUCGAGGCCAGCGCCUGAUGCUUCAUUCAACAUGGCUCACAGCCAUCCGCGACGAAAAAAUUGCCAAUAUUGUCUCUCUGUGCGAGAAAUUUUCUCUAGCGCGGGCUUCCCUUGAGACCAUGUAUAAUCAAGGAAAAGUGGAAGUCCUUCGCGGGAAGAAGCUAAUAGGUUGCACCACGACGGCAGCUGCCAAGUAUCACGAGUUGAUUGAAGCUUCGACGCCGGAUAUCGUUGUGGUUGAGGAAGCAGGUGAAAUUCUUGAAGCCCACAUUCUGACGGCACUUUCGCCCAGCGUCGAGCAACUCGUCUUGAUCGGGGAUCAUAAGCAGCUGCGGCCCAAGAUCAACAAGUACGAACUCACCGUCGAAAAGGGUGGCGGAUAUAACCUCAACAUGUCUAUAUUUGAGCGGCUCAUACUUGCCGGUUUUGACUAUAGCGUGCUCAAAAAGCAACAUCGAAUGCAUCCCGAGAUCUCGGCUUUCCCGCGGAUGCUAACGUACCCUGAUCUCGAGGACGGACCCAAGACAAGCCAGCGCCAAGCCCCGCGCGGACUUCAGGGUCGCGUAAUUUUCGUCAACCACGAACACCCCGAAGAAAACUUCACGGGAAUUGGCGACCGUCGCGAUCAGGGCUCGUCGACAAGUAGACAGAAUACUUUCGAGGCUACCAUGGUACUCAAAUUGGUUAAGUACUUGAGUCAACAGUCUUACAAAACGGACCAGAUGACGGUCUUGACACCAUACCUCGCCCAGUUGAGGCUACUUCGCGACCUUUUAAGUCGGGAUAACGAUCCUGUCCUCGCGGAUCCUGACUCUGCCGAACUACUUCGAGCGGGUUUGCUCACAGAAGCAGCGGCGAAGGUUGGAAAGGGGAAAAUACGACUGUCAACCAUUGACAACUAUCAGGGCGAAGAAUCCAACGUUAUCAUCAUUUCACUCACAAGGAGCAACUCUCGAGGUGACAUCGGAUUUCUCGCCGCCCCAGAACGACUCAAUGUUCUCCUCACUCGAGCCCGAGAAGUCGUAAUCCUCAUCGGCCAUAUGGACACGUUUCUGAAUAGCAAGAAGGGAGCAGAGCACUGGGGCAAAUUCUUCAAUAUCCUGAAGGAGAACAAACAGCUUCAUGACGGAGUACCCGUCCAAUGUCAGAAUCACCCAGACACACGCUCGCUCCUGCGAUCACCCGAUGAUUUCGAUGCGAAAUGCCCAGAUGGCGGUUGCACCGAACCUUGUGGCGCCAUGCUCAAGUGCGGAGUUCACCAAUGCCAUCGCAAGUGCCACGUCCUGAAAGAUCAUUCCCAGGUUGCUUGCAUUGCCCUCGUGAAUAAAGUAUGCAGUCAAGGCCACAAGUACAAAGCCACUUGUGGCAGCAAGGAUACCUGCCGUGCAUGCGCCAAGAUACUUGAGGAUAUUCGACGUCGAGCUGAACGGGACUUGAAGCUUGAAGAGGAACGUAGGGCUAGGCAAGCAGCUUAUGAGCGCGAAAGUGAUCGCCUGAAAGAUGAGAUCGAUCACGAGAAGCGUAUCAUGAAGCAUCGUGCUGAGCAAAAGAGCCACGAGGAAACACUCAAGCAACUCAAGAACGACUUGGAGAGCACUAGACGCACAAACAAGAACGAGGAGCGCAUCAAACAGAGGGAAGAUGAAGCAAAGGCAAAGGCAAUGGCUUCUCAGGAGGCCAAGAAAGGCGAGGGAGAGAAGAAUCGUGCACAGGCCGAGGAAGACGACGACAUCGCGUACCCGCCAGCCAAUGCAAAUCAGGAGUGGGCAUAUAUGAAGAAAUACGAAGGGCAAUCAAGCACUUCUAUGGAUGCUCUAAUGAAGAUGGUUGGGCUCGAGUCUGUAAAGGAAACUUUCUUGGAGGCAAAGAGUCGCAUUGACACUUCUAUUCGGCAGGGAGUUUCCCUAGGCAAGGAGAGAUACAGCUGCUCUUUACUUGGAAAUCCGGGAACAGGGAAAACGACCGUUGCCCGGCUCUACGCCCAGUUUCUAACGUCUGUAGGAGUUAUUCCUGGGGCGAAGUUUGAAGAAACAACUGGCUCCAAGCUCGCCAAUAUGGGUGUCCAAGGUUGCCAGACCAUUCUCGACGACCUUCAAAACGAAGGCGGCGGUGUUUUGUUCAUCGACGAAGCAUAUCAGCUCACGUCUGGGAACAGCCCCGGCGGAAAGGCAGUGGUGGAUUACCUACUUGCUGAGGUUGAGAACUUGAGAGGGAAAGUAGUCUUUGUCCUUGCUGGAUACACAAAGCAGAUGGAAACAUUCUUCGCACACAAUCCUGGUCUUCCCUCUCGCUUCCCUAUCGAAAUGAAGUUUGAGGACUAUACUGACGAGGAACUCCUAAAAAUCCUCAAGCUCAAGAUCAAUGACAAGUUCGAUGGUCGGAUGUGCGCUGAAGACGGUUUGGAUGGACUAUAUUGUCGUAUCGUCUCCCGAAGAAUCGGUCAAGGUCGUGGCCGAGACGGAUUCGGCAAUGCUCGAGAGGUGGAGAAUGUUAUUUCUAGGAUCUGCAAUAGGCAAGCAGAGCGCCUGCGUAAGCAGAGACGCUCCGGAACCGUCCCAGACGAUCUUCUCCUCACCAAGGAGGACAUUAUCGGACCGGAACCGAGCAACGCUCUGGCCAACUGCAAGGCCUGGAAUAAACUGAAUAGCCUCAUCGGGUUGAAGUCGGUCAAGGAUUCCGUUAGGGUUCUGCUCGACACAAUGCAGUCCAACUAUCAACGAGAGUUGGCGGAGGAGCCGCCCAUCCAGUACUCUUUGAACAAGGUAUUCCUCGGCUCCCCCGGAACGGGAAAGACAACCGUGGCCAAGUUGUAUGGGGCGAUCCUGGUUGACCUUGGCCUACUGUCAAAUGGAGAAGUAAUCGUCAAGAAUCCUUCCGACUUUGUCGGCGCCCACCUCGGCCAGUCAGAACAACAGACCAAGGGAAUACUUGCCUCUACUAAGGGGAAGGUCCUGGUUAUAGACGAGGCAUACGGGUUAUACGGAGGCGCGGGCAAGGGAGGCUCGGGCUACUCUGAUCCGUAUAAAACUGCAGUUGUGGAUACCAUCGUGGCUGAGGUACAAAACACGCCGGGCGAGGAUCGCUGCGUGUUGCUUCUCGGCUAUCAGGAUCAAAUGGAGGCCAUGUUCCAAAACGUCAACCCGGGCCUCAGCAGAAGAUUUCCCCUCGCCUCUGCUUUCAUAUUCGAAGACUUCGACAAGGAAGAGUUGGCCAAGAUCCUUGAUCUCAAAUUGUCAAACACCGGCUUAGAAGCCACUGUCGAAGGCAAACAGGUUGCCCUCGAGGUCCUCGAAAGAGCGCGCAAUCGGCCCAAUUUUGGCAACGGCGGUGAGGUCGAAAUCCUCUUAAACCGGGCCAUGGAGCGUCAACAAGCAAGAAUAUCUAAAAGCAAGGCCGGUAAGAACAAUAUGCUUGAAGCUAUCGACUUUGACGAAAAGUUUGACCGGGCAGAGAGAAGCGAAACAAAUAUCCGUAUGCUUUUCAACGACUCCGUUGGAUGCGAUCGUCUCAUUUCUUUGCUGGAGGGGUACCAGUCUCAGGUCAGGACGAUGAGAAAGCACAAGCUUGAUCCCAAGGAGGCAAUACCAUUCAACUUCCUAUUCCGCGGGCCUCCUGGGACGGGCAAAACGACGACGGCCCGAAAAAUGGGCCAGGUCUUUUAUGACAUGGGGUUCCUCGCAACGAGCGAGGUGGUUGAAUGCUCGGCGACUGAACUCAUAGGCGAGUACGUUGGCCACACUGGCCCGAAAGUUCAGGGCGUUCUUGAUAAGGGCUUGGGCCGAGUCCUGUUCAUUGAUGAGGCGUAUCGGCUCGCAGAGGGCGCCUUUGCCAAGGAAGCAAUUGAUGAAAUCGUCGACUGCGUUACGAAGACCAAGUACAUGGGCAAGAUGGUCAUCAUCCUCGCAGGUUAUGACAAUGAUAUCAACAGGCUGCUCGCUGUCAACCCGGGCCUUUCAAGCCGCUUCCCGGAGGUCAUUCCUUUCUAUUCGCUCACGGCAGAAGAGUGCCUCACGCUGCUCACCAAGAGACUCCAGCAAAUGAAGGCCCAAAUUGAGAAGAAUUCCCCAGAUUCCAAAGUCGACCUAUCGGCAUUGGAAAACAUGACACCAGAGUUCAGAUCUAACCUUCUCGGCACGUUAAGGAAUCUAACAACCCUCAAGAGCUGGGGCAAUGCGCGGGAUAUCGAAACUCUCAGGAAGAAAAUAUACCGAAGAGUCCUCGCGGACCCCAACCAACUCGCUGUCACUGAAAGUAUCCUCACCGACGAACUUACCGAAAUGUAUACUGAGCGCCUCAGCCGCGAUAUUCCUAACGCCAACCAGGUUCCCCAUCACACUUUCAAUCUCCCAACGAAGCCCCACGAUCGCUCGGCGACGCCCCAACCCCCAGCUAUUUCCACGUCGUCCUCCACGGCCGCAGCACCAAAAAGCCCCAAAGCCCCUGCAGAGGAGAAAAUCCCCCCCGUAGCACGCGAAGAACAAGAACAACCGCCACCUCCGCACGACUUUACGACGUGUCGCCGCGACGCCGGCGUGAAGGACGAGAUAUGGGAGCAGCUCGAGUUGGACAAGAUUGCCGCGCGUGGUCGUGAAGCCCACUACCAAGCCCUCGUUCAGAAAGUGAAUGCUGACGACGUCGACGAGGAGCUCCGGGAAAGGAUCCUCGAUGAGCUCAUUGAGGAGAAAAAACGCCGCGACGAGGAGAAGAAGAAACAAGAGAAGUUGAAAGUCUUGGAUUCAUAG